UGGAGAUAUUGAGAUGCAAGGUCCCGAGAAUGCUCAAGUACUUGAUUCAUCAGAAAUGGGGAAAACGAAAAAGAGGCAACAACCAGAGUGGAUGGGGAAAAUCCCCCAUCUUUGGCAACAACCAGAGUGGAUGGGGAAAAUCCCCCAUCGUUGGCAACAACCAGAGUGGGUUGGGAAAGUCCCCAAUCUUUGGCAACAACCAGAGUGGAUUGGGAAAAUGCUCCACCCAAAGAGGCAACCAUCAGCUCAAUUCUGGUAUAUCUUUUUCGCAGGGUCGUGUGUGAUUUCACUAUCGGUGGACCCUUUCUUCUUUUACAUUCCCGUGAUCAAUGAAGUCGGAAAGUGCGUUGAUUUCGAUAGAACAUUAUACAUCGCAAUUGUUUGUCUCCGAACGCUCCUAGACUGCGUUUCUCUUGUGGAUAUCAUAUUGCCAUUUCUUCGUUCUUCUUUAGACAAGGAGAAAGAAACGAAGGGAGAUACUAGUCAUGUUUCGCUCAGAAGAAAGAGGUACUUGAAAGUCGCAAAUGAUAUCGUCGCCAUUCUUCCAAUCCCGCAGGUGCUGUUUCUAAUUCUCUUUUCAAAAAAUAUGAGAGCUUUCAAAUCUUUGAACAAGAGGAAAGUCUUGAGCGCUGUUGUUUUACUCCAAUAUCUGCCAAGAGCUCUUCGUGUCUACCUGUCAUGGAAAAAAGUAUUCAUCCACAGGAAUAUUAUGAUCAUCGACCUAUCUAAGACCGUCAUAGCAGUGAAAGCUGGAUUCAACUUGUUUCUAUUCAUUAUUGCCAGUCAUCAACCCCAAAUACAACGGUCUUUGAUUUUGGAAUAUUCCAAGGAGCACUUCAAUCUGGUACAGUGGCAUCCAUGGAUUUUCCACGAAAGACCCUGCUUUUGGUGGGGCCUCCGAAAUUUGAGUUCUUUUGGUUCAAACCUUCAAACAAGUCCGCAUUUCUGGGAGAACGGCUUCGCAGUUUUAACUUCCAUCUCUGGCUUGGUUCUGUUUGUAUGCUUCCUUGGACAUUUGCAGAUGUAUACGCAGUGGGAGGCAUCUAUGCAGUUGGAGGUAGCUAAGCAAAUGAAGUUGGAGGUAGCUAAGAACUUAGAAUGUAGCCGUUGGCAGCACUAUGAGUUGAAAGACAAAAAACUGAAAAUACUUGAGUGGAUAGACAGAAACCCGAGGCUUAAAGAAAUAAAACAGCAGAUCAUAGACGAGGUAGAUCGACUGUUUGCAGAAUAUAAAGAUAUUGAUGUAGAGAAUCCGUUUCCUCAUCUUCCCAUGUUCAUUAGAAGAAAAAUUCAGCACCAUCUCUGCUUACCCCUACUACAGAAAGUGCCACUUCUUCAAAAUGAGAGUGAAGAUGCGUUGAAAUUGAUUAGCUGCGACUUUCUCAAGCAAGUGAGCUACGAUGCGAACAGUUACAUUGUUCGGGAGGGAGAACCACUUGAUGCAUUGCUCUUCAUCACGCGAGGCAUCAUAUGGACCUAUACAACUGGUCAUGAUCAUCGUCAAACUGGGUGUCUUAAAACCGAUGACAUCUAUGGAGUUGAACUGCUAGAAUGGGUGUUUAAGUCCCCCUCCUUGCCGGACCCAUCCAACCUCCCCUUCUCGACCAGGACUCUCCGAUGCCAUACAAAAGUCGAAGCUUUCGCUCUUACGGUCGGCAACAUACAGCAUAUGCUAUAUCAACACUGGUCGAAGUUUAGCAAGUUCAGAGGGACGACCGACUCCAAUUUGGUGCAAAGUUUUGUCGUAUCAAACGUUCAAGUAGCAUUUCCUCGCAGGCGAAACACUCGUCAAAUGAUACUUGGUGAGUCUGAACAGAAGGCUAGGAAGACCGCAAGUGACGUGGAUAACACUACUUAGGCAAGAUUUUAAGAGUACUGCUUAAAAUCGACAACAGUGAAUGGACACUCCGAAUUAUGCUAGUCGUUUUCAGUGAAUGGUUAGAUCAGUAGAUAAAAAAUAAAGGAAAAUGCUAGUCACACCGUUCUUCCUUCCCGCUUGAGUGUCCCGCUUGAUGUGGCAUUCAGAUGGCAUGAUUUAAUAAAUUAUAAAAUGUCAUCUCGAAAACGCUUGCUUCUUCCUCCCGAAAACACGCUACCUUCUUCUCCCUCCCCUCUCCCUGCAAACCCUUUCUCAAAAACCCUAUCUGCUUCUCCCUCUCGAAAACGAAAACGCUACCUUCUUCAAGCCAUCUCUCCCUCCCGAAAAUCCUCUCCCCUCUCCCUGCAUAUGCUUGGUAAAUUUACAUCUCUUUUAAUUUAUUUUCCUGGUUUGUUGGCACAUCUUCAUUUUAGCUUGUCCAAAUGAAUUCAUAUUUAGAAA